CGCGCUCACCCAAGCUGCGCCGUCGGAGGCGCCGCGUGGGAGAGCAGAGGGAACCGCCACGCGAGGCCUGUGGUCAAGGGGUCGCUUCUCCCCGGUCGCCGCUCUGCUACUGGCCGGCCCGGGACCAUGUUCACCAGCACCGGCUCCAGCGGGCUCUAUAAAGCACCUCUGUCAAAGGGCCUCUUAAUAAUACCAAGCACGUUGUCACUUCUGUUGACUCUGCUCUUUCAACAUCAUCAAAAAUUUUUUGCAUACAAUCUGCAAGCAGUAAAAGAGGAAUUUCAGAUUUGGAGGCUUGUAUGUGGGCGAACAGUAUGUCUUGAUCUCAAAGACACAUUCUGCAGCUGCUUGCUCAUCUACAACUUUAGAAUAUUUGAAAGGAGAUAUGGCAGCAGAAAAUUUUCAUCAUUUUUGCUAGGCUCAUGGAUGCUGUCAGUAUUAUUUGAUCUUCUUCUAGUAGAGGCAGUUGAAUAUUCUUUUGGUCUCACCAUCAACAGCUUGCCUUCAGGAUUCUUGGGCCCUGUGUUUGCGCUUUUUGUACCAUUUUAUUGCUCCAUUCCAAGAGUGCAAGUGACACAAAUUCUAGGACAGUUUUCCAUCACAAACAAGACACUGGUCUAUAUACUGGGUUUGCAGCUUUUAACUUCUGGAUCUUACAUCUGGAUUGUAGCUUUAAGUGGCCUGAUUUCUGGAAUGUGCUACACCAGUAGUGUGUUAAAAGUGUACAAUGUACUUUGUGUACCCAGUGGUGUAGCAAGAAUAUUUGCUUGGACUCUUGAACCAAUUUUCUCAUCUCCAGAACCAUCCAGUGAAAUAAGAGUUGGAAUGGGAGCAACUGUGGAUAUACAGAGAGAACAGAGAAUGGAAUUACUGGAUCGGCAAAUUUUGAUGUCCCAAUUUGCCCAGAUAAGGCGGCAAAGACAGCAGCAGGGUGGAAUGAUUAACUGGAAUCGUCUCUUUCCUCCUUUACGUCAUCGAGGUAAUGCAAACUAUCAGGAUAAUCACCAGGCUGAACAUGAGGUACUGCCACCAGUGGAAGUUUCUGAAGAACAGGUUGCACGGCUCAUGGAAAUGGGAUUUUCCCGGUUAGAUGCUUUGGAAGCUCUGAGGGCUUCAAAUAAUGACCUUAAUAUAGCCACUAACUUCCUGCUCCAGCACCGAUGAAUAUGUGCAGUGAAGAACUUGAAUUAACACAUUCUGGUGUGCUGCCAAAAGAAGGACCUUAACCACUGCCUGGGUAGACACCUUUCCACAUGUGACAUAUCAGAGCAGAAAUGAUGGAUGGCACUGAAAAUAUCUGAGCCUUGAAGGAUAUACUUACUGGCCAAGUUGCACUUGAAAAAUACUUUCAACCAUAAAAAUAUGCUAUGGCUUCAAUAUUUAUUUUGGAAAAUUGGGUGUAUGUGGUUGUUGUUGUUUUUUUAAAAAUAAUCAGCAUAAAUUGUAUUGUCAUUUCUAAUAAGGCAACAGGGGAAAACAAGAAAGCUAAAACUGCUCCUUUUGCAAAAGUAGAUUUUUCCUCUUGUAUCAUGUUUCCUUUUUCUAAAUAUUUUUGAAUAUUCUAUUUCAUUCACCUAUGUAAAAACUUAAAGAAAUAUGCAGAACUCCUUGACUGUGUGAUUUAAAUAAAGGAAGAGAGGAACUCA